CAGUCUGAGCUCGAGCAGCACGUGUAGAUGAGCGGCGAGCGCAAGUGUGAUGUGCACUCGUUUAUUUUCUCUUUACAACAGCUGCUUUUGUGCUGUAGAGAUCGUUCAACAUCUGUCACAUCGGGCCGGUCGAGCAUUUUACACUAAAUAUCCAAAUAUCUCAUCAGAUCACCCGCCUGUGAUUGGCAGAAUGAAGUAUAUUCUGGUGACGGGCGGCGUGAUCUCGGGCAUCGGGAAAGGCAUUAUAGCCAGCAGCGUGGGAACCAUCCUCAAGUCCUGCGGCCUGCGCGUCACAGCCAUCAAGAUCGACCCCUACAUCAACAUAGAUGCAGGGACCUUCUCGCCGUACGAGCACGGUGAGGUGUUUGUUUUGGAUGAUGGGGGAGAGGUGGAUUUGGAUCUGGGCAACUAUGAGCGUUUUCUGGACAUCAGGCUCACCAAAGACAACAACCUGACCACCGGAAAAAUCUACCAGUCUGUUAUCAACAAAGAGCGCAGGGGAGAUUACCUGGGCAAAACCGUACAGGUGGUGCCACACAUAACUGAUGCUAUUCAGGAGUGGGUGAUGCGUCAAGCUCAAGUUCCCGUAGACGACGAUGGCGUUGAGCCCCAGGUCUGCGUCAUCGAGUUGGGCGGUACAGUCGGAGAUAUAGAGAGCAUGCCCUUCAUCGAAGCCUUCAGACAGUUUCAGUUUAAAGUGAAGAGAGAGAAUUUCUGCAAUAUUCACGUCAGUCUGGUACCACAGCCCAGCGCUACAGGAGAGCAGAAGACCAAACCCACGCAGAACAGUGUGAGAGAGCUCAGAGGACUGGGACUGUCACCUGACCUGAUUAUGUGUCGUUGCUCCACUCCACUUGAAAACUCGGUGAAAGAGAAGAUCUCCAUGUUCUGUCACGUGGAGCCUGAACAGGUUAGUCUGGAUCACACAGGACUGAAAACCACCGAAGCAGUUGAAAUAACAGUCGAACAUAGGCCUGGGGCUUAUGUUGACUCUGCAGAUUUGGAGGCCAGUACACUGCAGGAAGAGCCAGUGAGGUACCAUGAGGCCUGGCAGAAACUCUGCAGCGCCAAUGGUAUUUUAGUACCUGGAGGUUUUGGAGUACGAGGGACGGAGGGCAAGAUUCAAGCCAUCAGCUGGGCCAGGAAACAGAAGAAGCCCUUCCUGGGUGUGUGUUUGGGGAUGCAGCUCGCUGUGUGUGAAUUUGCUAGAAACAUGUUGGAUUGGAAAGAUGCUAACUCCACCGAAUUUGACCCAGAAACAAAACAUCCUGUGGUGAUUGACAUGCCAGAGCACAAUCCAGGGCAGAUGGGAGGAACUAUGCGGCUGGGGAAAAGGAGAACCAUUUUCAAAACCAAAAACAGCAUACUUAGUAAACAUGUAUUGCACAUGGAAGCGAGCAAGUUGAAGUUAGUGAUGAAAAUUAGUCCAUGUAAACAAAUCUGGUACCGAGUAUUUGUAUUAUUCUUAGGUGUGCGAGCAUGGAUGAAACCAAUAUUGUUCGUUCUGUGUGAGCAGGUGAACCCAGAGCUGAAGCAGCAUUUCGAGGAGAAGGGCUUCCGUUUUGUGGGUCAGGACGUGGAGGGUGAGAGAAUGGAGGUCAUCGAGCUGGACGAUCACCCGUAUUUUGUUGGUGUCCAGUAUCACCCAGAAUUCACAUCCAGACCCAUAAAACCGUCUCCGCCGUACUUUGGCCUGUUGUUAGCCGCUGCAGGGAGGCUUCCAGGUUAUCUUCAGAAAGGCUGUCGGCUUUCACCACGAGAAACAUACAGUGACCGGAGCGGCAGCAGUUCUCCAGACUCUGAGAUCGCAGACUUCAAACUACCCUCGCUCGCUCAGGAUUGAAUCGGUUGAUGGGCCUGCUUUAUAAAAGAUGCAGUACUGAAAUGCAGUUUUAAAUGGUCCAGCUUCAGUGAAAACAGGAUUUGACAAAGACUGGCAGCUUCAUUAACUCAUUCUCCAUUGUAUAUUGCAUGUGAUGUUGCCAAUUAAACCAGUGGAAAUGAGGUGUAAACUUGCUCUGGCAAACUGCUUAAUGCUUAAUGUGGUGUUUGAUAAGAUUUGUUCCCCCAUGCAUAGCUUUUAAGCUGACAGUUGUUUUUUCAAAAUGUAAAUUAAAGUGUACAGAAGAGAAA